GGAAGGAGGGAGGGAGGAGGAUGCACAGCUCUGCGGUGCUACAAGGACAGUGAGCUUCUCAGAGAGAGAGAAGAGAGACUUGAUGCUCAGCCUGAACACCAUACAGCACGAACUCACCUACCACCACACACAGCUGACCAGCAGGCAACGAGGGUGGAUCUACUUCAUCAGGGGCAUCUUUUUUUUUUCUUUACAAAACAGUAAAGAAGACUGAGCAUCUGGAGACUAUUCAUAAAAUGUCAUUUUUCUUUUAGAAACCCACCAAAUGCAGGGAUCGUUUUUUAGUAAGGAAAAAGAGCGUCUGUUCUCUAUUCGUAUCUCUGUUCUGUGUCUGAAUGAGAGUGUGUGCAAACCUUGCUAAGCUUCAGGGUCACACCGUUGCGGGUUUGUGAGCCACAGUGCUGUGUGAGAGGAGCCCGAGGCAGAGGCAGAGAGAGGCAGAGUUUUGGGGAACAAAAGAACUGUUGGGUCAAGAAGUACCAUGAGUGAGUCUAAGAAACGUGAGGUAGAGCUGAGGGAUAAAGCCAUCAUGCACCAGCAGAGGAGACUGAAGCAGGCCACGCAGUUCAUGCACAAGGACUCGGCUGACCUCCUGCCUCUGGAUGGCCUCAAGAGGCUGGGGACGUCCAAAGACUUGCAACCUCACAGCAUUGUGCAGCGGCGCCUCCUAGAGGGUAAUAUCUCUCGGCUGUGCGGGGAGGCACGGGACACCCUGUCCCACGUCCGCUCUCCUCUCGCUGACAGCAAGGAAGGUGCUGAGGCAGAGGAGAAGAGCGAAAGCACCAUAGAUGACUCCACUGAGGAAAGAGAGUCACCGGAGGAGAGCGAGAGAAGUCUGAGAUCUGACGAGGAGGACGAGGAGGAUGAACGUGGUGAUGAUAGUGAUGCUGUUGGAAAGGCAGAGCACAAAGAGAAAUGGAUGGAGGCAGGGAAGGACAGAGGAGACGAAGGACCAGAGGAGAGCGAGAGAGUGCCCACCCUCUCGGCUUUGCAGGUGCAGUGUAAGUGUGGUGAUGCUGAGGUGAAGGUAUCCAUUAACACAGGCUGUCAGUACAACCAUAUCUCCAGUUCGUGCUGCAGAAGGCUGGGACUGAAAAUCAGUCCCAAGAUUAAGCCUCUCAGUGAAUCCCUGCCUAACGCCGUGGCAUCUGUGCAGAUCCAGAUCGGUAGCGAAACAGUGCAGUGUACUGCUCAAGUCAUAGACGAUGAGGCGUUUGAGCUAAGCCUGGGCCUACACACUCUGCUGGAGCUCAAAUGCUGCGUUGACCUGAACAGCCGAGUGCUCCGCCUGCACAGCAACGGCGAGGAGCUGUCCUUCCUGAAGACACCUUCCCGUAGCCAGUGCCAUCACCGUGACAACAACAAAAACCUGUGACCUUUGACCUCACCCUCUACCAUGCCCCCGCUAAAUAUGCGUGGGAAUUUGGACCACAGCCAUUGUGCUCCUCGUUUGUACCUCUCCUUCUCUCACCCUGCUUUUUUCCCCAUGACUUUUUGUGUUGGUUUGUGUGUUGAUUACAGCAAAAUCAUUCUUUUGGCUCUCUGUGCUCAAUUUGUGGUACAAUUAAUGAGAUUUAUGAAUUUACAAGUUGAGAGAUCAUAUCAAGGACCAUUAGGAUGGUACAGCCAAAACAGUCAAUAAAAACUUAAGAAGUGAAUCAAUAAUCAGGCAUUUUAUGCUUGUGAGUUAUUAAAAUACUAAAAUAUUAAAUGCUUUCAAUUAAAUUAGAGUAAAUUAAGGAUUCUGUGAGGAACCUCAGACAUGUCUUGCUUUCCCAAAUAUGACACCACAAAACAAAAAAAAAAGCCUAAACUCAAUCAAAACAAAAUUCAUUUCAAAUAUUUUUGCAGCUGUAAAAAUAAUCUAAGUGAAACUCUAUGUGUUUAAAGCACAACUAAACAUGCACUGAAACAAAUACAUCUGAGCAAGUGAAAAUAUCUUUCAUAUAGGCACAUUUAUCUAAUAUUCCUAUUAGAAUAUUAUAAUCAACCAAAUAUAAGCUUAUUAAAUCUAUUUCUAGACAUUUUUACUAUUUUAAUUUGAAAACAGUCUUGUUCUAUUGGCAGAUAAUUUUGCUGAUUUUAAGCAUUUAUUUCUAUAAAGAAGCAAAAUUAUCUGAAUAAGAACAUAAAGCUUGAAAUGAGUAAAAAUGAUUAGAUCAAGGCUUAAUAAUCAAAUAAUUAUAUUUGGUUUAUUGUAAUCUAAUUCAAGAUAUUUUCACUUGCUAAGAUUUUUUUUUUUUUUUUUUUUUUUUUGCAGUGUGGACAAGAUUAUAUCCAUAGCACUUAAUUUUAAACUAGACUUGAGAUGAUCCUCUCAGAUGUUAACUGAUCCUUUGGGACUCUCUCUAUGACAGAUGAUUCAAACAUUCCAGCCUUCUGCAAGAUUUUAUACACACACACACACACACACACACACACACACACGCACAUAUGCUGGGAUUAUAUAUAUAAAAUCCUAGUUUUUAUCUUUCAAAAUGAUCUUUAUAUAAACUGUGUGAGGGGUGCUGUCGCUAUUUCUGUGCUUUCUAACAGCUUGUGUUUAACCCUUUAAAUAGAAAUGCAUAUAAAGCUGGUCCAAAAAAAAAAAAAAGUUUCAGUUUGAAGCAAGCCAGUUUGGAACCCAAGGCUUUCAUUCACAGCUUCACGUCACUCCUGUCCUGCGUUAGUUUGAGCUCUUCGCGGCUCAGCUUCCCAUAAUUCGCAUUACUGAUCUACUGUGCCUAAUACUGUUUCUGAGAUCAUUUAGCUCUUCACCAAAACUGAAGCAGUCAAACUGUCACGCACUUGCCCUUGAUUUCUGUUCAAAUGUGGAAGUGAGAGGAGUGCUCAAUCUGCUACCUAUUCUGGCCUCUAUCACUGUCUUGGCUGUGACAGAUCUCAGAUCAGAGAUUAGUCCUGCUUUGAUUCACUCUGCCUCUCUGUCUGCCUCUGGGGGAAAAAAAAAUAUUUGUAUGCUGUAAAUGAAGGAAACAAAAUGUAUGAAAGAGAUUAUUUUUGGUGUUUUUUUCUUUUCUCUGUCUAAUAAAAAAUAUGUAUUCUGCCUA